CUCAGGUAUGCGGAGGCGGCGCCAGCCCUGGGAGGGGGCAGGUGGGAGGGGCCGCCCCCUGGAAGAAGGGGAGCCAGAGAGUGGGCCUGCUGGUGCGUGCGGACGGAGCCUGACGACAGGGGCCGGAGGUGUGAGCCAGGACUCCUGGGCCACUGAGAAGAUAAGGCUGGGAGACAGGAUCCCUAAGUAGAGGAAGAAAAUCGGGGCACCUCCAGGUGAAAGGAGCUCCCCAUUCUCUGCACCAUGAGCACCACCACAGGCCCAGAAGCUGCCCCCAAACCGAGUGCCAAGUCUAUCUAUGAGCAGAGGAAGCGUUACUCCACCGUGGUGAUGGCCGACGUUUCCCAGUAUCUUGUCAAUCACCUGGUGACGUUCUGCCUGGGUGAGGAGGAUGGCGUGCACACGGUGGAGGAUGCCUCGCGGAAGCUGGCCGUCAUGGACAGCCAGGGCCGGGUCUGGGCCCAGGAGAUGCUGCUGCGCGUGUCUCCCGACCACGUCACGCUGCUCGACCCGGUCUCCAAGGAGGAGCUGGAGUCGUACCCGCUGGGCGCCAUCGUGCGCUGUGACGCGGUGAUGCCGCCCGGCCGGAGCCGCUCGCUGCUGCUGCUCGUGUGCCAGGAGCCGGAGCGCACGCAGCCUGACGUGCACUUCUUCCAGGGCCUGCGCCUCGGGGCGGAGCUGAUCCGGGAGGACAUCCAGGGGGCCCUGCACAACUACCGCUCCGGCCGCGGGGAGCGCAGGGCGGCGGCGCUCAGGGCCACGCAGGAGGAGCUGCUGCGCCGCCCCUCGCCGACCGCCGAGACUCCGCCCCUGCAGCGCCGCCCGUCGGUCCGCGCUGUCAUUAGCACCUCUGCGCCGGCCGCGGGCCGCGCGCGACCCCAGGUGGAGCCCAUCCCCGAGGCGGAAGAGGCGCGGCGGCCCGGCCUGGCGCACAGCUCUACCGGAGCUGACCCGGCCUCCCCGGACCUGGGCCCCCGCGGCCCAGACUUGGCUGGUCUGCAGGCAGAGCGGGAUGUGGACAUCCUGAACCACGUGUUUGACGACGUGGAAGGCUUCGUAUCGAGGCUGCAGAAGUCUGCGGAGGCGGCCCGAGUCCUGGAGCACCGGGAGCGUGGCCGCAGGAACCGGCGCCGGGCGGCGGGGGAGGGCCUCCUGACGCUGCGGGCGAAGCCGCCCUCCGAGGACGAGUACAUCGACGUGCUUCAGAAAAUCAAGUACGCCUUCAGCCUGCUGGCCCGGCUGCGCAGCAACAUCGCCAACCCCUCCUCCCCAGAGCUGCUGCACUUCCUGUUCGGACCUCUGCAGAUGAUUGUGGACACGUCAGGCGGCCCCCAGUUCGCGAGCAGCGUGCGGCGCCCGCACCUGACAUCCGAAGCCGUGGCGCUGCUGCGGGACAACGUCACCCCACGUGAAAACACGCUCUGGACCACGCUGGGGGACUGGUGGACCCGCCCGGGGCUGGAGCUGCCCCCGGAGGAAGGACCCCCAUACAGCCCCGAGUUCUACAGCGGCUGGGAGCCGCCGGCCACUGACCCGCAGGGCCGUGCCUGGGAGGACCCAGUAGAGAAACAGCUACAGCACGAGCGGCGGCGCCGGCAGCAAAGCGCCCCCCAAGUCGCUGUCAAUGGUAUUAAUCUGGAUCCCUGCCUGAACCCCUGCUUGGCUCUAACCCCAGCUCACACCAACACCCCGUCACCCAGAGCAGUGGAACUGGCUGCCUCCUUAUCCUCAACUCUACCCCUUCUCCUCAGUCACCAAAACCAGGAGCCAGAAGCUGAGCCUCAGCCGGAGCCGGAGGGGAAGUGGGUCCUAUGUAAUUAUGACUUUCAGGCCCGAAACAGCAGCGAGCUAUCGGUCAAGCAGCAGGAUGUGUUGGAGGUCCUGGAUGACAGGCGCAAAUGGUGGAAGGUGCGGGACCAGAUUGGGCAGGAGGGAUACAUACCCUUUAAUAUCCUAACACCUCACCCAGGGCCCCAGCGGAGCCGCAGCCAAAGCCCUGCCCAGAGUCUGAACAGCACUGCCCCUCCCCGACCCGCGCCGGCCCCUGCCUCGGCCCAGCCCCACUGGGACAGCUGCAGUAGUCUUAACAGCUUGGACCCUAGCCAGAAAGAGAAAUUCUCCCAGAUGCUCAGUGUCAACGAGGAGAUGCAGGCGCGCCUGGCCCAGGGCCGCUCGGGCCCCAGUCGCGCAGCCCCGGGGCCUCGCGCCCCGGAGCCGCAGCUCAGCCCGCGCUCGGACGCCUCAGAGGUCCGCGCCUGGCUGCAGGCCAAGGGCUUUAGCUCCGGGACUCUGGAUGCGCUGGGCAUGCUGACCGGCGCGCAGCUCUUCUCGCUGCAGAAGGAGGAGCUGCGGGCGGUGAGCCCUGAGCAGGGGACGCGCGUCUACAGUCAGGUCGCCGUGCAGCGUGCGCUGCUGGAGGACAAAGAGAAAGUGUCGGAACUGGAGGCGGUGAUGGAGAAACAGAAGAAAAAAGUGGAAGGCAAGAUGGAGACGGAGGUCAUUUGAUCCUUCCCGGCCCUCAGCUGAAAGGUUUGAGGCAACCCUUUGGGAGAACAGACUCUGCAGACUGCCCCCCGCAAUGCAAGUAGCCCCGUGGAAGGAUCGUCGACCUGGGCUUCCUAGUCCCUGCUGGAGUCUCCCCACGGAGCACCCGUAGCCAGGGGCGGGAGGGGAGCGGGGCGAGGAGACAAUUUAAGGAAAGCGCUUGUGCGUGCCCAGGGAGAGAGCACACUCGGGAACCCUGGGCUUUGUGAUAUGCUGCCAAGUCCAUAAACAGCCUCCUUUUAGCA